UUCUUAAAUAAAUGGUAAAGCCACCCAGUUCGGAUCCCAUGAAUCGCGUAGGCGGGAGCUCGCCCGGCCCAGCUCAGAGGCCGAUCGUGUGAGAAAGCUUGCCGAAGCGAGGAAUUCUGAUUCCCUGAGUGCCCGCAUCAGCCGAGUGUGUUCCCAAGCAAGAAAAGGAAGCGAAACCAGAAGAAAAAAGGAACUAUUUAUAUGAGACUCGCGUUUCUUCUUUGUUUCCAACUUCGCUCUCUUUGCUGAUGGUUAUUGAUGAUUUUUACUCUGUAGCACUGAAGAGAAGGAGGUUCACCUACAACAUCAACUCCAUGGCUGACGAAUCAGCAAAGGCCAAGUUCCUGGGUGUGAGAGAAAAAUUUGGACGAGAGAUCCGCGUCUUUGAAACAUCACCACCGUCUUCUUCAGCUGAUGAAAAACCCAACACUGGAGAAGAGGCAGAUGAUUUUUAUGAAUUUACAGCGGAAGACUACUAUCGAGUAUUAGCGACCAGAAAGGAUGAGAAAUUUUUAAAAACAAGGAAGAUCAGGGAGGCAGAAGAGGCAGCUCGCAGGUCAAGGAUAACAAAGGUUGGUGUACGGGUUCGCUUUCCUGAUAACCACACAUUAGAGGCGACAUUUCAUCCAUCCGAAACAAUGGAGACCUUAGUUGAUCUUCUUACCAAAGUAGUUGCUCAACCAGAACUACCAUUUUAUAUUUAUACUACGCCUCCAAAGAAACAGAUAAAAGACUUGACACAGGAUUUCUAUUCUGCUGGCUUUGUUCCUGGCGCAAUUGUCUACUUUUCAUACGAUCUACCUGAAGGUUUGAAAUGCGAUGCAAUUGGUUCAGUCUCUUACCUUAAUGAAGAGGUCAUGUCUUUGAACGGUCUGGAAAUUGUGAGCGAAGAGGAGUCUGUAUCUGCUGUUGCAGAACCCGAAACAGAAGCUCCUCCCCCUGCCCCUACUCCUGUUGUCAAGGAAACCAAGCCUACUGGUAAGAAAGCUGUCAAACCCAAGUGGCUGAAAAUGUAAAAGACUGCUGCUGCAUGGCAAAAACUGCUCAUAUUUUGGUGAACUACUGCACAGGAGCUUCGAAGCAUUGGUAGAGAGCCAGUUCUUGCCCAGAGUUGAGAUGAGAGUGAGAGUGAGCAGAGAAAUCAUCCAGAAUUUGUAUUUGGUUGAAGGAGUUGUAAGGUGUUGAGGUUGAAGAAUCUGGCUCUUUUUCUCUGUCUGUUUGAUUAAACUUGUUAAUAUCCUGUUAUUCUAUCUUCAAUGAUGAUAAUGGAUUUUCUUUGACGUUCUCUCUU